UCUGCACAACAACUUAAAAUCAUUACAUAGCAACAAUUUAAAACUGUUAGAAGGGAAAAGUCCACUAAAGGAGAAAUUCUUCAACGCAAUCAUGUUAGAACAGAACAGUUUGCUGGAACUGAUGCUACAAACAUUUAGAACAGAUGCUUUUUACGGAAAUGAGAGCUGCAUACAUUCAUCUAUUACUGAUUUCCCAACAACAAAUCUAACCAGGGAACAACUGCUAUCAGGAUUUAUAAUUCUUUACUUCCUUGGUGCAGCUUAUGGAUUCCUACUUGCUGCCUUGGUCUGUGAGAUCUACUUUCUUCCCUGUGUUGAUGUCAUAUGCGAAGUGCUGAACCUGACACCAGAUGUGGCAGGUGCAACAUUCAUGGCGUUUGCAACAUCAGCCCCCGAAUUGGCCAUGACUGCUAUUGGAGUAUUUAUCACAGAAAGUGACAUAGGUUUGGGAGCUGUAGUGGGAUCAUCAGUCUUCAACAUUCUGGGCAUUGCGGCAUUCACUGGCCUUGCUGCCAGAGAGACUAUCACCUUGGACAAGUGGCCUCUCACACGUGACACCACCAUCUAUGCAGUAGCACUGUUCUCUCUGGUAGCUUCCAUCUGGGAUGAUAAAAUCACGUGGAUAGAGUCAGCAAUAAUGGUUCUCCUUAUUGUCAUAUACAUCCUCAUCAUGGUUUAUAACAAGAAACUGAAAUAUUUUUUUGAAAACACAUGCAGACCUAGAAGAUGUCAAAAACAUGUAUUCCCUACGGAGACAACUGAUGUGGGUCAAGGAAUUUACCGACCAUACUUCCUGAAGAUGGUCUCACUCACACCUCGCAAUUCAAAACAGCCACGAGUUUCGGUCAUUGAAAGACAGAUGUCAGAUAUGACAGAUGAUGGACUCAAAAACCUUAAUGAAGAAACACAGUCCCUCCGACACCCACCAGCAGGGGCCAAGUGGUAUGGCAAGCUGUAUUGGCUUCUCUGCUGGCCAGCACUACUACUGCUCAAAGUUACAAUUCCUGACAGCAGCAAGCCCAAACUCCGCAAGCUUUUCCCUCUUACUUUCUUCAUGUGUAUUGUCUGGAUUGGAUUAAAUGCAUAUUUUGUCUCAUGGAUGAUUACUGUAAUCGGUGAUACUUUCCACAUUCGAGACUCAGUUAUGGGUCUGACUUUUCUUGCUGCAGGAGCCUGUUUUCCAGAGGUAGUGACCACCGUCAUCAUGGUUCGUAAAGGAGAAGGCAGUAUGGGGAUCAGCAAUUCGCUGGGUGCAAACACGUUAGGUGUGUUGAUGUGCCUUGGGCUCCCGUGGCUGCUAAAGUCUGCCUCCUCAAGUGGCGCCUCGGUCUACAUCGUCUCCAAUGGGAUGCGUUUCACCCUGCUGGCGAUGCUGGUGCUGACUAUCGUGUAUCGCUGGGGAAUGGUGACAGCAUUCCGGCAUCGGGCCAACAGGCUGUUUGGUUUCACUUGCCUCUUCCUUUACUUGGCGUACCUAGCUGUCUCCGUUGCCAUGGAGCUUAAUGCCUUUGGAUAUAUCAAUGGCCCUGUAUGUGAAUGGAUCUGAAGCCUUACAUCUAUCAGAUGCAGUGUCCAUGUAGCUCAGUGGACAGAGUUAGUGCAAAAUCAGGAAGGCAGAAUUUUUUGAAUGUGGAACUCUUCAGUUACUGUAAUGAGUGCUUGAAUUUUGUACAUGAUUGGAAGCUUUGAUGUUGUCCAUGGAUAAUAACUCUGGAUUCUGUAAAUGUUUAAAACUAUGUCAUUUAGAAUUAAUUUGACAAAAUGACACAUAAUAUAUUUAUGAAGGUAUGAUAUUAAAUGUUAAUAGCAACCAAAAAAAUUAAAUUUGUCUUUCAUUGUCCUUGGGAGAAGAAUGCAAAAUUA